GAAUGAUGGCUACUUUCAAUUUCAAUGUAGGUGUGCUUGGUCACGUUGAUAGUGGAAAAACAAGUUUAUCAAAAGCUUUGAGUACAGUCGAGAGCACAGCUAGUUUUGACAAGAAUCCACAGAGCAGGGAACGUGGGAUUACGUUAGAUUUAGGCUUUUCGUCCUUUUCCGUUGACAUUCCAGAUCACCUGAAAUCGUCAGCCCCGCAAUGUCAAAAACUCCAGUACACACUCGUGGACUGCCCUGGUCAUGCUUCGUUGAUCAGAACAAUUAUUGGAGGUGCCCAGAUAAUUGACUUAAUGAUGCUGGUGGUGGAUAUUACAAAGGGGAUGCAAACACAGACAGCAGAAUGCCUAGUCAUAGGGGAGAUUACUUGUGAUCACAUGAUUGUUGUCCUUAAUAAAGUAGACCUCAUACCGCAGGAAAAAAGACAGGCUCAGGUGGAGAAGAUGAAGAAAAGAAUGCACAAGACUUUAGAAUCUACAAAGUUCAGAGGAUGUCCAAUUUGUGCAGUAGCAGCCAGGCCUGGGGGUCCUGAGGGAGAUGGCUCUGAAGGUCUUGGUGUGUCUGAAUUAAUUUCUGUGUUAAGUGACAACACAUACCUCCCCAAACGAGAGAGUUCUGGUCCUUUUAUUUUCUCAGUUGAUCACUGCUUCUCAAUUCGAGGGCAAGGAACAGUAAUGACAGGAACCACACUGAGCGGCUGUUUGACAGUGAAUGAUAGCAUUGAAAUCCCAUCCAUGAAAGUCACCAAGAAAGUGAAGAGUAUUCAGAUGUUUAGGAAACCUGUGGACUCCAUUAUCCAGGGAGACCGAGCAGGGAUCUGCGUGACACAAUUUGAUCCUAAACAAUUGGAGCGUGGCCUUAUUUGUGUGCCUGGUGCCUUGCCCACAAUAAGUGGAGGAAUUGUAAGUGUUGAGAAGAUUGGGUACUACAAAGGGACUGUGAAUUCCAAGGCUAAAUUCCACAUCACCUCAGGCCACGAAACUGUGAUGGGGAGAGUGACUUUUUUUGGACUGCAUGAAGGGGCACCAGUGGAAAAUGGCAGAGAAUUUGAUUUUAAUUUGGAUUAUGUUUAUCAGGAACAGCUGCUUGCAAAAUCCAUAGGUGCUGAGGAAUCCGGAUCCAAACAUCCUGUCCAACAGUAUGCAGUAAUUGAAUAUGAACGACCAAUCACAUGUCCGGAAUACUGCCUUGUGAUUGGUUCAAAGCUGGACACAGAUAUUCAUGCUAACAUGUGUAGACUGGCCUUUCACGGCAGACUGCUGAUUGGGUUUAAAGACACCCAGUACCAGCAGACUAUCCUACCAAAAGUCAAGGUGUACAAAACUAAAGUCCGGGAGGGAGUAGUGGAGCGAUGUAAUGAUGAAUACACAGUCAUUGGUAAAAACCUCUUUAAAAAGGAAACUAACAUUCAAAACUUUGCUGGCCUCAAGGUGGCACUAUCUUCAGGGGAACAUGGGGUGAUUGAGGGAAGCUUUGGCCAGAGCGGGAAAGUCAAAAUCAGAAUUCCAGAGGGAGUCAAACCAGAAACAUAUCAAAGAUAUAGUGGUGGAUCAAAGAAAAAAGUAUCCAAACCAGAGGAAGUGCCAUCUGAUCAUCAACCAAUCAAAAUUAGUUUAACAUUCAAAAGAUAUAUGUAUGAUCCUGAAAGGAAAAUGAAACAGACAUAGUAACUGGAUAUUUUCCUAUAUGUAAUGCAAUUUCAUCAUAUAUCCUAGACAAUUAAUUUCUGUGAUCAAAUAGCAAAAAUUUUAGAAUAACUGAUCAAAUAAAUAUUGCAAACUAAUGA